AUGAUGUUUCAAUGGUGUUGUGAUGAUCUGACGGAGAAUGUAGGGUCGGUGGUGGCUAAUGUUCUCCUCCGGCAACGAUCCACAAGAUUCGCUGCUCCACGCUCAUUCUUUCCUGCGAUCAACAACCCCGCCAUGACGACUGAGUAUGAUUACCUGUUCAAGCUUUUGCUUAUUGGAGAUUCUGGAGUAGGAAAAUCAUGUCUACUUCUGAGGUUUGCUGAUGAUUCCUACUUGGAUAGUUACAUAAGCACCAUUGGAGUUGAUUUUAAAAUCCGUACUGUGGAACAAGAUGGCAAGACAAUUAAACUUCAAAUUUGGGACACAGCAGGGCAAGAACGUUUUCGGACAAUUACAAGCAGCUACUACCGUGGGGCCCACGGCAUUAUAGUGGUUUAUGAUGUGACAGACCAAGAAAGCUUUAAAAAUGUGAAACAAUGGUUAAGUGAAAUUGAUCGUUAUGCAAGUGAGAAUGUGAACAAACUUCUUGUUGGAAACAAAUGUGAUCUUGUUCAAAAUAAAGUUGUGUCAACUGAAGCAGCCAAGGCAUAUGCUGAUGAAAUUGGAAUCCCUUUUAUGGAAGCAAGUGCAAAAGAAGCUACAAACGUGGAACAAGCUUUCAUGGCCAUGGCUGCAUCAAUCAAGAAUAGGAUGGCAAGUCAACCGUCCAUGAGUAAGUCAAGGCCUCCAACUGUUAAUAUUCGUGGACAGCCCGUUCAGCAGAGUGGUGGAUGCUGCUCUUCUUCAUAAGCAAAUAAAUUUUUUUAGAGUUAGAAUGAAUCCC